AUGGGAGCUAAGGGCAUCGAUGUGGAGGCCCUGUCUCCUAGGGAUAUCAAUGCUCAGCGACCUCGGGCGACAAACGAUCUCAAGACCAAGGCUGCGGCACAGCUAAAGGCAACCAAGGAUAAAGAGCACCCGCCGCCGCCUCCUCCAAAUGUCACGGAACCACCCAGCUCCGACCGCAGAGAUGGAGCCGUCUAUCAAGUCGGGAGGCUGUUGGGCAAGGGCGGCUUCGCCAUCUGUUAUGAAGGCCAGUUGGCCGGCACUCGGAAGCGAUACGCGCUGAAGAUCGUGAAGAGCAAGAUGCCCGCCAAGAUGGAGCAGAAGUUUCAAACCGAACUGCAAAUUCACUCCAAGAUGCGACAACGGAACAUCGUCGAAUUUUUGCGAGCUUUCUCUUUCGAGAACUCGACAUACCUCGUCAUGGAGAUCUGCACGAACGGGUCGCUCAUGGACAUGGUGAAGCGAAGAAAGGGCGUCACUGAGGCCGAGGUGCGCUACUAUGGCGUCCAAAUUGCAGGCGCCAUCAAGUACAUGCACUCAAAGGGGAUCAUCCACCGGGACCUCAAGAUGGGCAACAUCUUCUUGGACAAGAACAUGAAUGCGAAGAUCGGAGAUUUCGGUUUGGCAGCUUUGGUCGUUACCGGCCGCGAUAUGCAAACCAUCCGGAGGACCACGCUCUGUGGCACGCCAAACUACAUUGCCCCGGAAAUCCUCGAGAAAGGGAAAAAGGGCCAUGACCACAUGGUUGAUAUCUGGAGCUUAGGCAUUAUAAUGUUUGCGAUGCUCACGUCGAAACCGCCCUUUCAAUCUUCUACCACUGAUGAGAUCUAUCGUCGGGCACGGGAGCGGGACUACGAAUGGCCUCUGGCUGAAGCGAGGUACAUCAGCGAUGAGGCUAAGGACCUCGUCGCCGAUAUGCUCGAAGAGGCGGACAAGCGACCGGACCCUGAUCGUAUUGUGGAACAUCCAUUCUUCGUCUCCGGAUACUUGCCAAAGCAAUCCGAUAUGAGCCCCAGGCUCCGUGAAGCUCCUCCCUCAGAGGAUUGCUUCUACGAAUACACCACAGACUACCGUACCCAGGCGCAGAAUCUGGAGGCUCUGAAGCAGAUGUGCCGCGAAUGCGAAGUAGGGCCAUGGAGCGAGACAAAGGUCGUGCACAAGCCUGUCUGGAAGGAAGUGGCAGCAGAAGAGCAAGCUGGCCUCACUCCCGUCAUCCCCCUUGUGGAAGGGAUUGUCUACAGGCCGUUUGAGGACUGGCUCAGAGAAAACCAACUACAGCGGAACUUCGCGCCGCAGCCGCCUGCCAAGUCUGCGGACCACACCUCGCAUUCUAUGUACAAGUCUGAUGACCUGAGCAGUCUGUCUCAAAAGGCGCCCUCGGGUCUCCUGAGGGCACCGCCUCAGAGCUUCGCCGCUCAACAGCGAGCGCAAAACAGGCCUAUGGGCGCGCUGCGUGGCAUACAGACCAUGGACAAUGUCGCCAAGCCUGCGGGUACUCUGGUGCGAUCCAGAAGCAAGGGUCAGGUGCCCUUGACGAAUCCGCUAUCAGUCGAGAGCCGUGAGCAGGCAACAAGGACAAUUACGAGGAGCACUCGGACUCAGCUUCCCGCCAGCCGAACUGUGCCAUUGCCGCCACCACCGGCGAAAAAGGAGCUGCCAUCUCGACCGCGGGCAUAUACUCCAGACAGCAACGACGAGAGACUGACUUUGUUCAGCCCUGUAGAACUUCAGGAGCGUGUUCCCGACAGCACACCAGAUGUGGUGCUCUCCCGCCUGCAAAAACUUCAGGGCGAACUGGAACGAGCAUUAAAUGCCCGCUCUAUGGCUUACAUCUCUUCGAGGGAGAAGACGCCUGUGCCCCCCCAGAUUGUCGUCAAAUGGGUUGACUACACGAACAAAUUUGGGCUGGGCUACAUCUUGAGUGACGGGAGUGUUGGAUGCAUCCUGCGAACUAUCCCCGGCAGUGACAGCGGUCGUUCCGGCAUGCUGCCACCUGCCUGCAUGCUCGUGCACGGGGCUGAGCGUCACAUCCAGAGAAAGGACGACCCGAGCUACCCGGACAGACACCAGAUCGUGCCGAUGACGGAAGGUAUCUACUUCUACGAAAACAAUGGCGAGGAGGGCCACAUCCGUGUCCGCGUUGACCCGGAGACCUUCCGAGUCUCUGUCGGAUACGACGGUGUCCCUGGCAAACUGUCAGCGGGCAGGGAUAUGUAUGAGCACCGCAAGAGAGAGCGCAUCGUGCUGUGGAAGAAGUUUGCCAACUAUAUGCUUGCCUUCGGACGGGAGCUCGAGGUCACUGCGGAGGAGAACCCUAUCAAUGCCCCGAAGCUGACAGACCCGACUGCUGCCCCCAGCGAUGUUGUGACCUUCUACCAGCGGUUUGGCGAUGUCGGUUGCUGGGUCUUCUGCGACGGACACCUCCAGUUCAACUUCCCGGACCACACCAAGAUUGUGCUCGACGCCACGGGCACGUGGUGUCAUUUCUGGCACCUGCCACAGGACGCUGCUCAUAAGCUCUCUACGACCGGGUCUCUUGAGGAGGCGUCGCUCGACGAGCGCACUGUUCUCUCGUACCCGCUCCAAACCCUCCUGAACUUCAACGUUACCUCCAAGUCGUCGACGCGCCGUCGACCGGAGAUCGCCCCCGAGCUCCAAGGCAUCCCGACCGCCAACGACUUCCGGCGCAAAAUAGAGUUUGUCAAGAACGUCGUGCGCGAGUGGGUGGCCAACAAGGGCAUCGGCAACAGCGACAUGAGCCGCGAGGGCCGGCUGCGCUGGACGGGCGCCCGGGAGACCAAGAACGUCCAGAUCCCGAGCAAGCACGUGUGGGUCACGAUCGGGUCGCGCUGGGGCGAUGAGCGAUACUCGGCCUACUUUGAUCCGCGCAAGCCGUCGGAGCUGGGGCCGGACAUCGACGAGAACAAGAAGAAGAGCGGCUGA